AUGGAACGGCUGUGGUUCUCUUUGCUGUUGCUGGCAGCAGCAUGCAGGGGACAGCCGUGUCCGAAACGCUGUAUGUGCCAGAGCCUUUCUCCAUCGCUCGCUAUCCUCUGUUCCAAGACAGGCUUGCUCUUUGUUCCUGCUGCCAUUGACCGACGCACUGUGGAGCUACGGCUUCAAGAGAACUUCAUCACAGCUGUCCGAAGAAAGGACUUUGCCAACAUGACCAGCCUGCUGCAUCUGACCCUGUCCAGAAACACCAUCAGUCAGAUCCUCCCUUCAGCUUUCAGUGACCUGCGGCGACUGAGAGCACUCCACCUAGACUCUAAUAGAUUAACUGUGAUCAAGGAUGACCAUUUUAAAGGCCUGACCAACCUUCGCCACCUGAUCCUGGCCAACAACCAGCUCCACUCCAUAUCUCCCCACGCAUUUGAUGACUUCCUGUCCACACUGGAGGAUCUAGACCUCAGUUACAACAACCUCGCUCAGGUGCCCUGGGACACGAUUGGGCGCCUAACCAAUGUCAAUACCCUAAAUAUGGAUCAUAACCUCAUAGAAAAUGUUCCCCAAGGUGUAUUCACCAACCUGCACAAACUGGCCAGGCUAGACAUGACGUCAAACAAGCUGAAGAAAAUACCCCCUGACCCGUUGUUCUUGAGAAUCCCAGUUUAUGCCAAGUCCAAAGGCUCCCCUCUCUCCUCCCUGGUGUUGAGUUUUGGUGGCAACCCCCUUCACUGUAACUGUGAACUUCUAUGGUUGAGGAGACUAACCAGAGAAGAUGACCUGGAGACAUGUGCCUCUCCCCCUGACCUCAGUGCCAAGUACUUCUGGACAAUCCCUGAAGAGGAGUUUAUUUGUGACCCACCAGUUCUGACCCGUAAGUCACCUCAUACCGUGGCUAUGGAAGGCCAGCCUGCCAGUCUGAAGUGCAAAGCAAAUGGUGACCCAGAGCCUGAAGUCCACUGGAUCAGCCCUGAAGGGCGACUUAUAUCAAAUGGCUCCAGAACUUUAGUUUUCCCUAACGGGAGCCUGGAGAUCAAUGUAACAUCCCUGAAGGAUUCCGGAAACUUCACCUGCAUUGCCUCCAACGCAGCAGGUGAAUCCACAGGAAGGGUGGAGCUAGUUGUCACGGCGAUGCCCCAUCUCGCAAACAGCACGAGCCGCAGUCGAGACCCGUCCUCUGAACCUGCCCCCUCUGACAUUCUAACCUCCUCUAAGGUCGCGCUGCCUAACAACGAGACAAGGGGGCCAGACCGGAGGGUCUCAUUGGUGGAACUGACAGGGAACUCUGCCCUCAUAAGAUGGAGCAGUCAGACGCCUAUGUCUGGAGUCAGGAUGUUCCAGGUCCAGUACAACAGCUCUGGUGAUGACACACUGGUUUACAGGAUGAUCCCAUCCACCAGCAAUGACUUCCUGGUCCGGGAUCUCGCCGCCGGACGUAACUACGAUCUUUGUGUCCUGGCCGUGUUUGAUGAUGUCAUCACAUCACUGACUGCAACACGUCCUUUGGGCUGUCUGUCGUUCACCACAGACACAGAGUUCAGCCAGUGUCAAGCACUGCACAGCCACUUCCUGGGUGGUACUAUGAUCAUCAUCAUUGGAGGGAUUAUUGUUGCUUCUGUGCUGGUUUUUAUCAUCAUCUUAAUGAUACGUUACAAGGUUUACAUCCACCAAGGCGCAGGCAGCGGAAAAGGAGCCAUUGCGGCCACUGCGCCAAGACCACAAAGCAAUGGACAAGGAGGAGGCGGACAGGUCCAAGUCCUCCCUCGCUCUGCCUCAAAAAUGACUGACAGUCAGGACGAGCAAGUGCUAGCACCGUCCAGGGCCAUGUCGCCUAGCAACACCCUGAGAGACACUGUGGCACUGGUCGAGGAGGAGAGCAGCGGACGGAGCAUACUGACAAGGACUGACUCCUUGGCCAAUGAGGAGUUGCUCUCGCCCACCAAGGCCCGCUUCUCCUCCAGGGUCGCCAUCGAGAUGAAAAGCAGACCGCCAUCUGUCGCCAAAGAGCCCUCCUCCCCGAAGGAACUGGCAGCAGACGACAGGCGGCCUCGUAGUGUCGAAUGGAGAGACUUUAAGAUCUGA